GUCCUCGCGCUUUCUCCCAGCAGGAACGGAUUUUAGCCGCGGAACUUCCGCUUCGUCACUUCCUGUUUUGAGGGUCGUGAAAAUGGCGUUGUUAUUAAGGUCAUUAGCCCGCCAGGGACUUAGCGUGACCAGAGCACAGUCUUGUGUCCUGUACAGACAUGUGGUUCCCAUGGGAACCAGUGCGAAGGAGGAAAUGAAUAGGUUUUGGGCCAAAAAUACCAGAUUGAACCGACCAGUAUCUCCCCAUUUUACCAUCUACAGGUGGUCGAUCCCCAUGAUGAUGUCCAUCUCACACAGAGGCACAGGAAUGGCGCUUAGCACAGGAAUCUCUCUGUUUGCUGUGGGAGCCCUGGUUCUGCCCGGUGAUUAUGCCCACUAUCUGGAGCUCAUCCGCUCCUUAUCUCUGGGCACACCCAUAAUCGCCGGUGCCAAGUUUGCCCUCGCGUUCCCCGUGGCAUACCACACCUUCAACGGCAUCCGUCACCUGCUGUGGGAUGUGGGGAAGGGAUUCAAAAUCCCAGAGGUCUAUCGCUCUGGCUACGCCGUCCUCCUGCUCUCUCUCCUUUCAUCGGUCGCCCUCGCAGCCCUCUGACUACCCAGAAUGCACCAUGAAGAAUGAAGGGAGAAGCCUCGCCGAUGGUGGAAGAUGUUUUGUUAUUAAAUGGACAGGUUUCUCACCUGUAAUAUAUUAAUAAAAACCAGUAUAAAAACA